AUGUGUGUGUGUCUGUGCUCGGUCAUCCUACGCCUGAGCAAGGUCCUCCACGUCCUGGAUACCCCCAAUACCAAUGUAACGAUCUACCAAAGGAGAGGCUCGGUGGACCAACCGUCCAGUCCCCUCCGUCUCGCAACAUCGCCACGGGAUCAACAGCACGCAAGUUCAACCAGCCACACGUUCAACAUAUCUCAAGACUUUGGUGCAGUUCACCAUGACCGUUCAGACGCUCGAGAUGCCAAUACGCCGACAACGUAUAUUCUCACCGCCCAUCCAUCCAACGGGCACGUCCUGGCUCUCCGAUCUGGUGCCUCCGCCCUCGUCAUGCUCAGAAGCACCCUGAUUGAUAUCCCCCUUUUGACCAUCCAUGGACGCGAAGAGCUCUCAGGCUACUUCGCUCGCUAUUCCGAUGCGAGAGCAACCCGCCACCGUUCUCGAAGGACGUCGAAGGACGUCCACAAGCCCGGCGGUAGAAACCCUGCGGUUGGUUCCAAGCCCAGCGAAAUUUUCGAUGAGCUUAAUCCCAAGCAGCGUUCCGGUAACUUGGCUCUCCACUGGCUUGUCGGUUUCUUCCUUUUCGCCCACUUCCCCGUCAUCACCACUUCCGCCACUGGCGUGUCACAGAGCCUUUUACAUCUCUGCGACGCUUUCUUCUCCCUCUCUUCUCCACCCACACAGCACCCGCUAUCUCCUCUGCUGCACUACACUACGGAGCCUUUUAAUUACAUUUUCGUACACUAUUUCGACCCUCUCUCUCCCACCAUUCCCUACAUACAGCUCCCGACGAUGACCCUCUCUCGAGGUGCUCAAAAGUACCCCUCGUUCUCGAUGGCGUUGACAACAGCGCCAGAUGGAACCACCACCGUCACCCUGGAAGACCAGCAGGCGGUGCUGGAGCGACAUAUCAUCUUCAACCCGCCAACGCCAGCGCAGGCUGGAGACCAUAACGAGGCAUAUAUGAAGACCAUUGACACGCGUUUCGAGAACAACUUAGCAUAUUCAGUCGUCUAUCGUCAGGAUGACGAGGACGAGGGCGAGCAUAGCGACACGGACACCUUCGCUCAGCAUUGCGAGUACAAGCAGGAGGUCGGCGCCGAAGAGGCAGCGAACAAGAAAAGGGCAUCUAUCUCUUGGACUUCGUAUGUCGGGUCGGUCUUUCGAGGUUUGCGCAAUGCCCUUCGCUGCGCAGCAUAG